AUGCUAUGGUCUAUUAACCUUCUCCCGAAACGGAAGUUGUUCAUCUCGAAACUACUUCACUACGGGAUUGCUACUAAGGCUAACCUAGGAAGGAGAGGAAUCCAUGUGUCUACGAGUUGUGAGAUGUGUAAUUCAGCAGAUGAAGAUUCUCAACAUCUUUUUCGUUUCUGCUAUUUUGCGCGUGAUGUUUGGAGGUGGGGUUCACUCGCUAUCCAUUCAAAUUUCAACGAAACUAUGUCUUUUCAGGAAUGGUUUCUGUUUUAUAUCCGACUUUUUCACCGUCAGGAUGGUACCAAUAGUCCAAGGAUUGUUUAUUUUGUUAGUACACUUUGGAGCUUAUGGAUGACUAGGGACAAAAGAGUAUUCAGGGGUAAAGUUUCAAAUAACUCGGGAGUUAUAACCCUUAUUCAACCAAGGUUAGAGCAGCAUUCAACUCUGCAUAAUAAACAUUCUCUCCAAUUAGGUUUUCUGCAUCCACUAGAGGAAAAUCCUAUCUACCCACCGGGUUUCACUAGAGUUAUUUUGGCUGGUAUCGAAACACAAGAUCCAAAUUCUAUUAUUCUGAUCGAUGGUUCAUGGUUUAAGGUCACAAAGAAUUCGGGUUUGGGUUGGCGUUUGGAUAGGGAACAAGGUUCUUGUGAUCUAAUUAUAGGAGGGGCGCAACCUGGUACAUCAAUUUCGGCCCUCUACACGGAGGCUUUAGCGUGUCUCUUAAGUUUGCGGUGGGCUUCUCAAGCUGGACUUAGAAGGAUUACAAUUUUCACAGAUUCACAGCGUUUGGUGGAGCUUCUUCGAUCGACAGAGGUUAUGGACGUUCAGCUUAUCUGGAAACUUGCUGGAAUUAAACAGGUCGGAUAUACUUUUGACUGGUGUAUCAUCAACAAGGUGGAUAGAUCAAGGGUUGAAUAA